ACGUAUUGACUUAUCUCUCAAUUCUUUCAUUCGACGUGUGCCUAAUAAUUUGGUAUAUCUGAAUAAAAUAUUUAAAUAAACCAACGCAAGGCAAUGAGUUCACAUCCAGUUUUCAUAGAUUUAUCUCUAGAUGAGCAGGUGCAAGAGUUACGAAAAUAUUUUAAAAAAUUAGGUGCGGAAAUCUCGUCAGAGAAAUCAAAUAAAGGAGUUGAAGAUGAUUUGCACAAAAUUAUUGGCGUAUGCGAUGUUUGUUUUAAAGACGGUGAACCAACGCAAAUAGAUGGAAUCCUAAAUAGUAUUGUUUCAAUUAUGAUAACAAUACCUUUGGAUCGAGGGGAAAACAUUGUCUUGGCCUACUGCGAAAAGAUGACCAAAGCACCGGUCCAACCACUUGCCAAAGUGUGCUUGCAAUCCUUAUGGCGUUUGUUCAACAAUUUGGACACUGCUUCACCCCUCCGCUACCAUGUCUACUAUCAUCUAGUGCAAGUGGCCAAACAAUGUGAUCAAGUGUUGGAAGUGUUUACUGGAGUCGAUCAGUUGAAAUCGCAGUUCGCCAACUGCCCACCAUCAAGUGAGCAGAUGCAAAAGCUAUAUCGCCUGCUUCACGAUGUUACUAAAGACACAAAUUUGGAACUGUCCUCAAAGGUUAUGAUCGAGCUGCUGGGAACUUAUACUGCGGACAAUGCAUGCGUUGCCCGAGAAGAUGCAAUGAAAUGCAUUGUCACGGCUUUGGCCGAUCCCAACACAUUUCUCUUAGAUCCUUUGCUGUCCCUUAAGCCUGUGCGUUUCCUGGAGGGUGACCUUAUUCACGAUUUGUUGUCAAUUUUCGUCUCGGAGAAAUUACCAUCAUAUGUUCAGUUCUACGAAGAUCACAAGGAGUUUGUUAACACACAAGGCUUGAACCACGAACAGAACAUGAAGAAAAUGAGAUUGUUGACUUUUAUGCAGCUUGCUGAGAGCAACCCGGAAAUGACUUUCGAAAAUUUGACAAAGGAAUUACAAAUAACCCAGGAUGAUGUCGAACCUUUUGUUAUUGAAGUGUUAAAGACCAAAUUGGUCCGUGCCCGUCUUGACCAGGCUAACCGAAAAGUGCACAUUUCGUCAACUAUGCAUCGUACAUUUGGCGCUCCACAGUGGGAACAAUUACGAGACUUGUUGCAAGCCUGGAAAGAAAACUUAGCCUCAGUGCGCGAGGGCUUGACGAAUGUGUCAUCAGCGCAAAUGGAUUUGGCGCGUUCGCAAAAGCUAAUACAUUAAAUUUGCGUUAUUGGAUCUUAGAAAAUGUAAGCGAAAGAAAUAAAUUCUAAUCACUUUUUGCACAAGCAAAGCGAAAAUAAUUUACAAAA